GGUAUGGUGACGUGACAUCUAGAUUUAUAGAUCUAAAGUGUAGUGACUAGAGAUUUAGGAUCUAUAUAGAUUCUAGUAAUAGUUUAAAAUAUCUAGAUCUAUCAAUAUUAAUUAGAUCUAGAUCUAUAAAGGUUAAAACUUUACAUCGCAGACCCCUGACCCUGGCUUAUCAAUCAGGUCAAUAAGUUGACAACUAUGGAGAUUUGGUGUAUGAGACUCUAGAUCUAGAAAAUAGAUCGAGAUUCUAAAUGAACGUAUGCUGCCGUACUGACAUGUCCUCACCUGAAUACUGAAUAGUAGCUAGAGCUAGAUCUAAUAAUAUAUUAUAUAGACUCUAUAUAUUAGACAAUCUAUAUAUACAAAUCUAGACUCUGCUUAGUCUAGAUAGAUCUAUAAAGUUUCAUUUAAUCUAGAUCUAGAAAUGGAAAAGUUAAAAGGAGCUUAAGAUAAACAAGUUUAAAUACAGGCCUGCCAGACUUUGAUGAUGUCUGACACAAAGCUUGAUUUUUCUCUUGAACUGAACAAUGCCUUAAAACAUGUGAAGAAGGAAGUGGUAGAACCAGAUUUAGUAACACAACCAUGUGAAGCUCAGGACUUCCAAGUGCCGAUGAUAAAAAGUGAGAGGAUAGAUGAAGAGGAAUCAGACUUGAGUACACAACCAACAGGAAACUGUUACUCUGAAACAGACUUGACACAACCGUGUGAAGAACAAAACGUUGAAGUCUCGGUAAUAAAAAAUGAGAUGUUAGAAGAGAAAUCAGACUUGUACACAAAGCAAUCAGAAAACUGUGAUUCUGAAAACUCUUCGAAUGUCAGCCUUGGGCAUGAGGAGAGUAAUGUAAAGCAAGAGAUAGAAAGAACCAAUUUUAAAGAAAGCAAAAAACCUUGGUCCCUGGUGGUGAAACUGAAGACAAACAACAGUCUGGAUAUUAAGAAAGAAAAGGAAACAACUUUGGAAACAAAUGUACUCACUGAUAACAUGCAAGAUCCAGUUGCUGGAAACCAUUCUAAAGAAACAGUUUCUGGUAAAGAGAUACCAAAUUCUUGUGAUCAAGUGGAAAAAAAAAUUCAAUGUCAGGCUUGUCUCAAAGAGUUCACUAAACCUGCACUAUUAAAAAAACAUCAGCGGAGUCAUGCUGAAAAAAUAUUUCAAUGCCACAUUUGUCAUAAAAAAUUUACGACAACUUCACUUUUAAAAAGACAUCUAGUCAUUCACACUGGGGAAAAACCAUAUAAAUGUCAAAUCUGUCACAAAAAAUUUGCGUAUUCUUCGCAUAUGAAAAGUCACCAAAAGUUACAUUGUGGUGAAAAGCCAUUUAAAUGUCAAAUAUGCCUCAAAGAGUUUGUUUAUCCUGCGCAUUUAAAAGCACACAAAAUGAUUCACUCUGGUGAAAAUCCAUUUAAAUGUAAGAUAUGCUUAAAACAAUUCUUGUACCCUUCACAUUUGAAAAUACAUGAAAGGAUUCAUUCUGGUGAAAAACCAUUUCAGUGUCAAAUAUGCCUCAAAGGAUUUUCUAGAGCUUCACAUUUGAAAAGUCACAAAGUGGUUCAUACGGGGGAAAAACUAUUUCAAUGUCAAAUAUGUCUGAAAGAAUUUUUUCUAUCUUCACAUUUAAAAACCCACCAGCUGAUUCACACUAGUGCAAGACCAUUCAAAUGUCGCAUUUGUCAAAAAGAAUUCUUGUACCCUUCGUCUUUGAAAUCACACGAAAUGGUUCAUUCUGGCGAAAAACCUUUUAAAUGUCAAAUAUGCCACAAAGGAUUUUCUCGAGCUACAAAUCUGAGAGGUCACCAAGUGGUUCAUUCUGGCGAAAAACCAUUUAAAUGUCAAGUAUGCCUAAAAGAAUAUUCGUAUCCUUCCCAUUUGAAAACACAUGAAUUGACUCAUUUUGGGGAAAAUCCAAAUAAAUGUCAAAUAUGCCUGAAAGAGUUUUCUUAUCCUUCCCAUUUAAAAGCACAUGAAAAGAUUCAUUCUGGUAAAAAAACAUUGAAAUGUCAAAUAUGCCUGAAAGAAUUUCAUUCAUCUUCAAAAUUGAAAACUCACAAAGUUGUUCAUGCUGGUAAAAAUCCAUUUAAGUGUGAAAUAUGCCUCAAAGAGUUUUUGUAUCCUUCCCAUUUAAAAGCACACGAAAAGAUUCAUUCUGGUAAAAAUCCAUUUAAAUGUCAAAUUUGCCUGAAAGAAUUUCAUUCAUCUUCAAAAUUGAAAACUCAUCAAGUGAUUCAUACUGGUGAAAAACGAUUUAAAUGUCAAAUAUGUCUGAAAGGAUUUUCUCGUGCUUCAACUUUGAAAAAGCACCAAAUGCUUCAUGCUGAUGUAACCAUUAAACAGGAAAUUUGUCCCUAAAAAUUUUUUGCCCUCUUCAAAUGUGAAAAUUGGCUAAGUGAUUCAUUCUGGUCAAAAAUACAAUAUUUAAAUGUGAUAUAUACCAGAAAUAAUUUCCACAAUUUGCACAUUGGAUAAAACACCAAUCAGUUCAAACUGGUUAAAAAACAUAUGUAAAACAUAUGUUUUACAUGUUUCGGAUGUUCCUUCAGAGUUGAAGAUAGUUUACUUCCUAGUCCAAACCUCCCGCAGGACGACAGAGGAUGGGAGCUGACAGGGUUUGAACCUGGGACCAUUGAUAAGUCCAAACGACAGUCCAGCGUGCAAACCGCACGACCAGGCAGUUUUUAAUGUCAAAAGAAUUGUACUUUAUAGCUCUAGAUUUGAUUACGGCACACACAAGUUCAAACUGUCAAUGUUAAAUAUGUCUUGAACAUUUGUCUUUAUCUUCAUAUUUGAAACGUUUCAACUGAUUCAUGCAACAAGUGUUUUCUUUUUUUUUUUUUUUUUUAUGGAUUUUCUGAACUCACUUUAUGAUUCACUUGUUUUAAGUCCAAGUGUUGGAAAUAUUUUCUGCCAUUUCAACCACAACAUUUGCUGUAUUAGAAUGUUCUUUAUUUCUUUUCCCCAGUUUAAAUUAAAUAGUUUAUUGUUAGGGAACAGUUCAGAUACAUACUUAAGAGUCUAGAUUUGUUUUAUAGAUAUAAACGUUGAUUUCAGAUUUGAAAUUUCCGUUUGGCAGGUUUAUAAUAAAAAUAAAACAACAAUGUCAAAGAUUAAAAAAAAAUUAAUGAAUUAAUAUAUAUACUUUUUUAAAUUUGUUAACUUAUUAGAUAUUGUACACUUAUGUACUUUAAUGCCUAGCCAAACAAUAUGGGAUUUAAAUGUGUUUGGUUAUAACUAUUCAUAGUUUUAAAAAAGGUUUACACAUUGUCACUUAUAUUGUUUGUUAUUGUGUGCUUACAUGGUUCUAAAGAAAUUGAAUAUUUGUGUUCUAUGCAUGAGUUUUUGUGUUGUUUAUUUUUUAUUUUAACCCUAGAUUCAACUGCUUUAAACUUUACUACUAUCUUGGCUAGAUAUGGUCUGAAGUAUUUACAGAAAUCUGUGGUUGAUUUGAUUUUAAACAUCUAAUGUGUAUCAAGCAUACUUACCAAUGAAAUGUAUGUACAUGUCUCUCAGAGAAUAUCAAAAAAAUUAUAGCAAGCAGAAGUUUAUUAGCUAAAAAUGAACAUUUCAAUUUAUGUAGUGAUUCUUUAGAUUGUCAUGAUAAAUAGUAAAGUAUUGAAAUUUUUUUUUCAUAAAUAAACACUUUUUUUUUAAAUUGAACUUUGUCAGCUCUUUUGUUUUAAAUAUAUAUGCUUUGAAUUGAUAUUUGUUUUAAAACCUGCCACCAAUGCCAUUUAUUAAAAAAAUGUGUAUUUUAUUUUUACAUUUUAUAUGUUUUCAUUUAUAUGUUUAAUAGGCAAUAUCUUAAAAAG